AAAAACCAAAACGAAUUCUGCUGCUUUCCUGUCGGCGCUGCGUGUUGACAUCACCGUUUCACUACGGCUCCGCCUCCGCACUCUGCUGAUGCUCAUCCGCCACUUGCAUCAGCACCAUUUCUGGCAUCCUCAUUAGGCAGACGCGCAGAGAGAGCCUACCCAGCUCGCCGGAGCGGAGAGAGAGGCGUGAGACUGGUCGCUACAGCAUCCCGAACAGACAGCUCACAGUCCGGAGGCCCCGCAGUCGACGCGUCGUUGCCCCAGAACCAGCUGAAGAGGAAGCCCGUCACAAAGCACAGCUAGCCCACUCUUAGUAAUGGAGAGCCUGUUGGAUAAUCCGAUGAAAGCCGUUCUGUACCUGAAGGAACUCACCACCAUCGUCCAGAACCAGCAGAGCCUGAUCCAGACGCAGCGCCAACGCAUCGACGAACUCGAGCGAAAGGUGGAGGACCUGAUCGGGGAGAACCGACAGCUGCGGGACCCCCACCUCUACGUCCAGCAGCCGCCCUCUCAGCAUCACCACCACCACCAACACCACCACCACCACCCGAAUCAGCGGAGCGCCAGUCCCCAAGCGCCGGCCCACCUCCAUCAGCACCCGGGCAACAAGGCAGCGGCUCACCUCGGCCAGCAGCUGCCGCCGCCUCAGCAGCAGCAGCCGCCGCCUCCUCAGCAACAGCAAAUUGUCCAUCAGACAGCCCAGCCUCAGCAGCAGCACCCGACUCCCCCUGCGCCGUCUUCCCACCACCCGCAGCAGCUGCAGCUCGUCCCCACCUCGCCGCAGUCGCCCAAAGUGAGCAAAGCCGGCUCCGAGUCCGCCGAGGACGACAAGAGGAGCGCCUGCUGCAAGUCUCUGGUUCCGCAGACUCCAAGCACUCUGUGCCGCUCGGUUGGACUGGCCAGGAAAGCAGACAACCAAACAGUUCUUCACCAGUUCUGCUGCCCAGCCCCGGAGGCCCCCGAGGCGGAGACCUCCACUGCCUGUGUCCCCAGCGAUGAACUUUCCCCGGACUCAUCUGUGGGGCAGGAAGGGAAGGGAGGUGAGGGGGAGCCGCAGGGUGAGGACCAGUCACAACCAGAACCAGAACCACCACAGCAACAGCCGCAACAGCAGGAGCAAAAGCCUGAACCCCAGACUAUGCCAUCACAGCCCCAGCAUGAGCCAGAGCCCCAGGCUGAACCUCAGCCACAGUUGGAAGUUAAACCCCAAUCCGAACCUGAACCCGAGCCUUCACCAGAGCCUGAUCCUCCACCCCAAGAUGAGUCUGUGACCAAUCCCGCGCCACAGGACCCUCCUGAAGCCCCGUCGCCUUGCCUUGAGGAGAAGAUGGCUGUUGAGGCAGAGAAUCACAAAUCAGAGGAGGUUGCUGAGGCAAAGCUAAGACAUGAAAGAGAUGAGGUGCAAGGUGAGAGCGGCGAAGGCAAGCCAACGCAAGGGGAAGAGGAUGAGGAAGAAGGAGGAGCAAAAGGAGGCGGUGCAGGCAGAAGGGCCAGUCUACAUCAUACAGCCUCACCCCUGAGGGUGCAGCGCAACGGGGCCGGCUCACACUCCGCCUCCUCUGACUAUGAGCUCUCGCUUGACCUCAAAAACAAGCAGAUCGAAAUGUUAGAGCACAAAUACGGCGGCCACCUCAUCUCUCGCCGUGCUGCCUGCAAGAUCCAGACUGCCUUCCGCCAGUACCAGCUCAGCAAAAACUUUGAGAAGAUCCGCAACUCUCUCCUGGAGAGUCGCCUGCCCCGACGCAUCUCCCUGCGAAAAGUCCGUGUGCAAAAUACAGAGGGGUUCUCUGCUGAACGGGCCCUGGCAGAAGGCUGCAACUUGGCAGGCAUUCCUUUGGUGCGCUCGCCGUCUUUGCCUGCCUCGGUUGGCAGCACGUUGACUGACCUGGAGGACUCCUUCACGGAACAGGUCCAGUCACUGGCAAAGUCUAUUGAUGACGCACUCAGCAACUGGAGCCUGAAGACCAUGUGUUCGCUGCAAGAAGGCGGCGCCUAUCAGUUCAGCGCCGACUCCUUCAAUGCAGCAGCAUCGGCCGCUCCGGGUGUGGAAGGGGGCGGCGAAGGUGGUAGUGUGGGACAAGCUGCAGUUCAUCAGGGUCCAGUUGACCCAAGUGACCUGUCAAAAAGUGCAAGUAAGCUGAUGAUGGCCUUCCGGGAUGUAACAGUGCAGAUCGACAGCCAGAACUUCAGAGUUUCAUCCUCAGUCAUGGAAUCAUCAACUUCAGUCACUCUUGGCAGCUGUAUUCAACAAGGGGCCUCCACCUUUGUAACAACCACUUCCUCAACAACAAACUCCACACCGGCCCCUCUCACACAUGGACUAUCAGAUGAGCCCCCACCUCCAGAGGCCCCCACAGAACCAAUAGACGCCCCACCACCACCUCAAGAGCCCCCGCCACCCCUAGCAGAGACAGAAAUAGAAGAUGAACAGGAAGUUGAAUUUCCUGCCCCUCCCCCAAGUGAAGAAGAGCUGAAUGAUGAGACCCAACCUCCCCUCACCCCCCUUGAUAAGAUGUCUGCCAUUCAAAGCAUAGACGAGGUGGCACCACCCCCACCUCCUCCACCGACUGAGCCCGUUCCACAGGAGCCCAUGCUGCCGAGGAGCUCUCCUAUGGUGGAGCCUCUUGACGUCAAGAGAUGUGGCUCGGAGACGGCGGACAACAGCUCGGAGCAGAUGAGCAGCAGCAGCACGUCGACUGAGGCGCGCUCAACAUCUGAGGCCUCAUCCAAAGAGGCGCUGCAGGCUAUGAUCCUCAGCCUUCCACGCUACCACUGUGAGAAUCCCGCCAGCUGUAAAUCCCCCACGCUCUCCACCGACGUCAUGCGGAAACGCCUGUACCGGAUCGGCCUCAACCUCUUCAAUCUAAACCCUGACAAAGGCCUUCAGUUCCUGAUCUCCCGCGGUUUCAUCCCAGACACGCCCAUCGGCGUAGCCCACUUUCUGCUCCAGAGGAAGGGCCUCAGUCGACAAAUGAUUGGGGAAUUCCUAGGAAACAGCAAGAAGCCGUUCAACAGAGAUGUCCUGGAUUGUGUGGUGGAUGAGAUGGACUUCUCAGGUAUGGAGCUGGAUGAAGCACUGAGAAAGUUUCAGGCCCACAUCCGCGUCCAAGGAGAAGCCCAGAAGGUGGAACGUCUUAUUGAGGCCUUCAGCCAGAGGUACUGUAUGUGCAACCCUGACGUGGUGCAGCAGUUUCACAACCCAGACACCAUCUUCAUCCUGGCCUUUGCCAUCAUCCUCCUCAACACCGACAUGUACAGCCCCAACAUUAAGCCAGACCGCAAGAUGCUGUUGGAGGACUUCAUACGUAAUCUGCGAGGUGUCGACGAUGGAGCAGACAUCCCCAAAGACAUGGUGGUGGGGAUUUACGAAAGAAUACAACUGAGAGAGCUCCGCUCAAAUGAAGACCACGUCACCUACGUCUCCAAAGUUGAGCAGUCCAUAGUAGGGAUGAAAACGGUUCUCUCCGUCCCUCACAGAAGAUUAGUGUGCUGCAGUCGACUUUUUGAGGUAACAGACGUCAACAAGGCACAGAAACAGGCGGCGCACCAGAGGGAAGUCUUCCUCUUCAAUGAUCUCAUAGUGAUUUUGAAGCUUUGUCCAAAGAAGAAAAGUUCUGCCGCCUAUACUUUCUGCAAAGCUUUGGGCCUACUUGGCAUGCAGUUCCAUCUUUUUGAAAAUGAAUACUACCCUCAUGGAAUCACAAUCCUCUCCCCGUACGGCUCAGACAAGAAGCAGGUGCUCCACUUCUGUGCCCAAAGUGCAGAGGAGCUGCUCAAGUUUGUUGAAGACCUAAAGGAAUCGAUAGCAGAGGUGUCAGAGAUGGAGCAGAUACGCAUCGAGUGGGAGCUAGAAAAGCAGCAAGGAGCCAAGACACAUUCAGUUAAGAGCAAUGGGACACAGCUAGAGCUGCGCAGCAAACAGGGCUCGCUGUCAGGAAACACAGAGAUAGAUGAAAGAAGCGGACUCAAUGCAGUUGAGGUGUCAAUUCACAACAGGCUUCAGACGUACCAGCUCAGCAGCAGUGCGGCUCAGAGCCCCGAGAGCGCGACCCUUCUUAACAGACGUGGGGAGCUGCUUUUCCAGCAGGGGUUAACACAGGGGCCGGUGCCUCCACCUCAGCACCCGCGGCUGCAUUCCGCGGCGAGCACCCCCGCCCACCACAUCCCCAUUCAGCUGCAGCACCAACCCGCCGUGAGCGUGGCCGACCUGCGACCCGAAGCGCUCAUCCAGUGCCAGCAGAUCGUCAAAGUCAUCAUGCUUGACAGCAGCGGCCACGGACGCGUGGAGGCCUUCCUCAGCCAGACGCCCACCCACCACCACCACCACCACUACCAGUACCACCAACUGAGCCAGUCUGCAAUGUCCAGCCCCAUCCGCUCGCCAGACGGCUCAUACGGAAAUGACGGGCACCAGCCCCCGCUGCCUCCCCCGCCUCCACCUUACAACCAUCCACACCAGUACAUACCCCCGGACCCCCGCCUCAGUCUACACCGGACCCCUAGCGGCUCUCGGAGUAUGUUGUAAAUAAAUUGACACAUAAUUUCACAAAACCUUAGACCGAUUUAAGAUCCAUCUGUACAUAAUGUACAGGUACUGUAUACAUACAGAUGAAAGAGCUAUAAUGGGAAAAUAAAACUCCAAUUAUAUGCAUAUAUUUAAAGAAAAUAUUAAAAUAAUAAAGGUUUUAAAUCAGACUAGGAUAAAUAAAGUCCACAUAUAUAUAUAUGUAUAUAUAUACAUAUAUAUACAUAUAUAUAAAUGUGUAUAUAUAUACAUAUAUAAAGUUUUACUCGAUUGCUCAUGUAUUUUGAAAUAUUAUGUAGUUUUAAAAAAUUUCUAUAACUUUUAUGUCAGUUUUAACUCUCGCAAGGGGAAAAUAGAAACUAUAGUUACUGAAUUUAGUUCGGGGAUGGAUUCUUUCUUCACUUCUUACCACAAAUGAAUCCCUGAAACUUUUUUGUGAUAAUUUCCAGGAAUGGAUGCUCAACACUCCGAGGACCUCCUGCUUCUUUUUGUGUUUUCUUCCUUUUGUCCCAGACCCCACGCCUACUUACUGUGCUGUAUGUACACACGCGUGUAUAACUGACGCUUAAUGGAAAACAUGUGCCAAAAAUACAUAUGCCUCCACUAAACAAUGACUUCUUUGCACUUGACUGAAUGCUAGGGCUUAAAGAGAUAAAUACAAAAAAAGCAGAAAAAAUACUUUAAGAUAGUAGUGCUUUUGGUCCUCUUCUAGCCAUUUGCGCUUUUGCUGACUUAUUUAUGUGAUGGAGGGCCUUCUCUUCCUCUCAACUCCGCUAGAUUAAAAAGCAAAAUGUUUUUCUGUGAAAAGCUGUGUUUUUUUUUAUACACCCUUCCGUUGUAUUGUGUCUGUAUCACCUAAGAACACUCAGUGGUUGUUUAACAUAGACCAGUGGUUCUCAAACGUUUUAUAACAAGUACCACCAUAAUAAAGCUUUCCACAUUGACACACAUAAAAACAACAAUACUUCAGGACUUGGGAGUUUUUGAGUUUGAUUAUGUAAUUUGGAAAACUGUUCAUUUACACUGCAGGUUAAGUUGCAGAAUUUAAUUGUGCCCCAUAUUUAUUUUAAUUUCUCACUCGAGCUGAAAAAAGUCACAAGUAGGUCAGGUGAAGUUCAAAUUUCUGCUGGAAAAGAUGUUAAUUUCUGACCAACUGAACCUCAAAGUAGUAGUAGUAAUAGACAUUUUGAUUAUUUUUUAUGAUUUUAAUUUCGUUAAAUCUUUUAUUCUGUACUAUUUGGGGACAAUCAAACAAAUUAUAGAAUUAUCUUGAAAAACAACCUAAGUAAUCCAAUUGUCAAUAAAUCAGCACAAAUGUACAAAUUUGUAAAUUUGUGACGAAGUAGAAUGACAUACCAUAUGGAAAAACUGCCACUGAUUCGGAUUAUGAACCCAAUGGUACUUGUUUUUGAAUUCAGAAGUUCUGAAAUAUGAAUGUAACCAAUACCAUUUGGAAACGAGAAAGUUGAAAAGGUCUUAUGUGAUGAUUCCUGUGCAAUACCUUGGUAAUGGCAAAACCUUUUCAUAGGCCAUCAGUUAUGAUAUCAGUUUAUAUGAACCUUAACUGAUAAGAGGCAGCAUUGCUUUCUAAAUGCUGACAGAUUUAAACUUUUUCUUGGGUUUCUAUGCUUUUCUGUUCGUUUCCAGCAUGCCUUCAACUCUUAUCUCCUUUGUCAUUCCACUUUAUUAAUGUAAACUUGUCUAAUGCGCUAAUUUGAUUAGAUUUCUUUGUAAGUGCGGAUUACAUCAUCGACAGCCCUGUUAUUAACAUUUACUAACACUGCAAGUGACCAGUAGCUUGGUCUCUCACAAUAUUGGUUAACAAUCUGACUGGUUUUUGAACAUGGAGCUGGAACACAGUAAACUUGAACACUAGUAAGUAGCUACCAGUAAUAGGUACUCUUUUAGUCUGUACUUGGAAUUAACAAAAAUCUUUCCACCGCACCUCAAUUUUGAGACGUUUCUGGAAAAAACUCUACUCAACUUGCUUAUGUUGGUUACUGUUGGAUUUUUAAUGGCCUACAUCACAGCACUUUGCAAAUUUCCUUGAAUAUC